UUCCAUUGGUGUAACCGACAAACUUUUAAGCACUCUGUGAAACAUCACGGCUCAGUCUGCGUUCGGGUACUGAAAUGUGCGCUUUAUGCAGCUCCCACGACCCUUGAGCACGAAGCCAAGAGCACCAAUAUUUGAUUUCUUGCGGUUGGCAAGAGCACAAUAUGUUGAUGUAGUUCAAGUGUGCACGAUAAUCAAGUGGCUCCCCUCACUACUUAAUUGCUGUGACUCAACCUGAUGCCAAGUUGAUGGCGAAGAGACUGAGAAUAAUGAGUGACGUGAUUGUGGAAACGGUAUCGUAGUGCACGGAGUAUUUGAUCUCAAAUGAUUCCAUCCCAGACGCUCGAGUUUUGUCUGUGAAUGUGCAAGUUGAAUUAUGAGACAAUACAGUCGCUGCACGCAUUGUCGGAGUGUUGCUGUUAACGCAAGGAAAUGUGCCAUCAAUCUACUUUAAUCAUAAAAUAGUGAAGUGGCGGUGAAGAGGAAGUGGCAGGAGCGGACAGUCGUGGGCUGAGCAGAAAGCUGAGUGCAAGCGUGGAAAGGACAUGUGAAGCGAGUGCUGAUAUUGUGGCACAAGAGUUAACCAUCCUUUUUGAUUAAAUUCCAUCGUGCGAGCAAGAGUGCGAGAGUCGGGAGAAAAAAUGAUGUUGAAUCAAGGGCACUUCUUUGACAAUUUCUCCGAUAACGCCCUCCUUCUGGACAUUGCCACAGUUAAUAGCAAUUUCACUGUGACACUGUCCGCUCUCUGGAGUGACAAUUCACUCAUCAACAACAGCAAUAAUGACAAUACAUCUCAGUUCCCAAUUGUCUACGAGAGCAACUCCCAGGGCAUACGAUGUUACGCAAACAAUCACAGCUACAACUGCACUGUCGAGGAAUAUCUCGAGCUCAUGCAAGGACCAAAAAGUUUGCCACUACUCACGGCACUUAUGGUCACCAUACUCUUCAUAGCGAUUUUCGUGACAGGAGUGAUAGGGAACGUGAUAGUCUGUGUCGUCAUUGUGAGACAUUCAUCAAUGCACACCGCAACCAAUUACUACAUAUUUAGUUUAGCGGUUUCAGACCUUAUUUUCCUACUAGUGGGUCUUCCAUUUGAAACACAUAUAUUAUGGCAUCAAUAUCCAUAUCAAUUAGGAAUUGUUUUCUGCAAAUUGCGAGCAUUCGUAUCGGAAGCAUCGACCUACGUAUCGGUCCUGACGAUAGUGGCUUUCACCAUGGAACGCUUUCUGGCCAUCUGUCACCCUCUUCACUUGUACACGAUGAGCGGUUUCAAGCGGGCGGUCCGCAUCAUCGGCGCUUUGUGGGUGGUGAGCUUUCUCAGCGCUGUGCCUUUCGGAGUAUACACAAAAAUUCACUACAUCCCAUAUCCAGACAAGAACGACAGUAUCAUCCUGGAUUCUGCAUUCUGCGGCCUGCUGGGAAAUCCGAAGGGCUUCCUGCUCUUGGAACUGUCAACAUGCAUCUUCUUUAUCAUUCCCAUGAUCGUCAUGGUGGUGUUGUACACGAAAAUAGGACUCCGGAUACGCUCACGGACUCGUCACACAGUUGCUCUCGGUGUUCAACAGGGAUCACUUCACAAUGAAUCCAGGCAGACGCAAUCACGGAAAGCAAUCAUCCGAAUGCUAGCUGCUGUCGUCAUUUUUUUCUUUGUUUGCUGGGUCCCAUUUCAUGCACAAAGAUUAUUGUAUUUGUACGGGCAGCAAUGGGAUUAUUAUGGAAUCGUGAAUGAGUGGCUGUUUUUCUGUGGUGGAGUACUCUACUAUAUUUCAUGCACAAUAAAUCCAAUUUUAUACAAUGUGAUGUCACAUCGCUACCGUGUCGCAUUCAAAGAGACGUUAUGUGGUCGGAGAGCAAACUAUUCCUACAGUAACGGCUUUUCCACCGAGCAAACCAGCUUCAGGGAAACCACAAUUUUAGGUGGAUGCGAAAAUUCUCAUUUGAUCCGAGUGCGGUCUCUGAUGCCCAGCAAGAGAUACUCGCGGUACAAGGAGCAGAGGAAGAGAUUCGCGAGCAGUGUCAAAUGGAAGGAGAGACUCGAUGUGGGCGAAGCAAUUAAGGAGGAGAAGAAUCCCUCGGAGCUGAGCCAGAAGUCCGACGUAGUUGUGGUGAUUGGGAACAGCAUCAAUGGUCGCCCCAAGUGUUACGCAACGACGGCCGCUGUGGUCCCGGAGAGCGAGUCCGCAGAGGGCGGAGGCGCUCAUGAGGUGGCUGACAAGACUGCCUCCGGCCAGCCUCUCCUCGUCACAUCAAAUGGUGGCCACAGAAGCGACACGAGCUCGGAUAAGGACGAGACGCGUAUUUAAUCAAUCUUUCAUUAGGCGUUCCCCACCAAACGGUGUUUUCCUGCCCAUCUUCCCGCCACACUCCAAGCAUCUCAAGGCAUCAAUGUGGGUACACCUUCUUUCCGCACUUCCGCCAAACAGACGCAGAAAGAGAUGUUACCUAAUCUUAGAAUUUGUGUGAAGGUAUAAUAAAUCUGUAUAACUUUGUAAUAUAAAGAGCCACUAUAUAGGAACAUCGUGUAAUUAAAUUGAACGUAAUGAAUUUAAUUUUGUGAUUCAAACUGUGAGAUUUUAUUGAAAAGUUGAUAUAUAAGAUGAUUGUAUAAGAAAUAUAUAAGGCCAAGCAGUAAGAAAUUGCUGGGACAAAUACAAAUUUGUGGCGCCAUAGAGAGAUGUGAUUAAAUUAAUGAUAAACCCACAGCUGUAAUGCUUUGCAAAGAAACACAAAAAACUUUCAAUUCACGGAAAAUCCACACCGCAGAAUGAAACUUUCCACCCCAAGUGAAACCACAACAGCAUUCCCAAUACCCUGCAAACUAUUUCCCAUACUUCGUUGUGGUUUAGUCCGCGGAAACAAUUGGAUCUCUUUCAUCAAU